UUCAGCGCGCAUGCGGGCCCCCCUCAUCGGAUGGUCAUCCAUUCCUUAGAUCACGUCGCUCUUACGCCCUAUUGAUUAAUCGAGGAGUAAACUCGAGACUUUGGUACCUGCUCUGUGGUCAACGCCAUCGCGAGAUCUCCGCAGCAGAUUUCAAACCCCCGCUCUACCCAUAGUCAACGACUCCCUCCAUUAAUAGACACCGCACUCUCUCUCUCUUCUUCUUCGCCUUCGAUGGGCAACGGACUUGCCAGGCUCGCCUAUUGCUGCCCCGGCGACGGGGCGCCGACCGGUCGCAGACGCCGACGCCAUGGGGCUGUCGCCGUGACUUGGGACCCGUGCGACGAGGGGCUCGGCCACUCCUUCUGCUACGUCCGGCGCGAUACCGAGUGCGGCGUCUCCGGCCGCCCCUACGCAGCCGCCGCCGCCGCCUCCACAGCAACGGCCUCCUCUAAGGUCCAUCACUCCGAGGAGACAACCACGUUCCGGACCAUCUCCGGCGCCGCCGUGAGCGCCAACGCAUCGACACCGCUGUCGACGUCCCUCCUCGAUGUCGCCGGGCCUAUCGCGGCUUCCGCCUUCGAGAGCUCCACAUCCUUCUCCUCCGUCGCCCUCCAGCCCGUCCCCCGGUUCUCCGGGCCGCUCUCCGGCCCUCUUGCCGCCGCCGACCGUGGGUUCAUGUCGGGCCCCAUCGAGAGGGGGUUCAUGUCCGGGCCCCUCGACCACCGGGCCUCCCUCUUCUCCGCCCCCCUCGACAAGCCACUCUGCUUCUCCGACCAGCUCCGGCGCAGCCUCUCGCACGGGCUCCCUAGGCCCCGCCGUAUGGCUGUGCGAUCCCUCAUCCGCGGGCUCACCAAGGCCGUAGCGAGGACCGUCUCCACUGCCUCGUACGGAAUCGGAUCCAUCGUCGCGCCCGUCAAGGGGCCAAAAGACUCCGGCUUGGACGACGGCGGAUUAACGAAUCUCAGCGGAAGCAGUGGUCGGCAUAGCGUGGAGGCGGCGCAGUGGUCGGAUUCGCUCGACUCCUUAAACGGAAACCUCCAGUGGGCGCAGGGGAAAGCAGGGGAGGACCGCGUCCACGUCGUCGUGUCGGAGGAGCACGGUUGGGUGUUCGUCGGCAUCUACGACGGAUUCAAUGGUCCCGACGCCACAGAUUACUUGCUCUCCAAUCUCUACCCGGCUGUGCAUCGCGAGCUCAAAGGACUGCUCUGGGAAGACAAAAACGACACCUUUUGCCGCGAACCCGUCGAUGAUCCCACCACUCCCGCCGCCCCGGAUGAACAUAACCCCACGGUUGCGACGAAUUGGGCAGCAGACGACCGGUCGAGCAAAGAAGGAAGAGAAAACAAGAGGAAGCCAGUAGGUGCGGCGAGGAAGUGGGAGGAGAACCACCGAAGAUGGAGGUGCGAGUUCGAGAGGGAAAGGCUGGAGCUCGACAGGCGGUUGAAGGAGCAAUCGAAGCGGUCGAGUCAAGAUCGCUCGGUGAACCACUCGCUGGUGUUGGAGGCUCUCUCCGAAGCCCUGAGGAAGACGGAGGAGUCUUUCCUGGACAUCGCGGACAAGAUGGUGUCCGAGAAUCCUGAGCUGGCCCUCAUGGGCUCCUGCGUCUUGGUGAUGCUGAUGAAGGGGGACGACGUGUACCUGAUGAACGUAGGGGACAGCCGUGCAAUCGUCGCACGGAAGGCGGAACCGGAAUCGUGGAGCUCCGUAGGAAAGCCACGGAAGGAUCUCGAGAGAAUCAACGAAGAAACACUCUUCGAGCUUGACGCAAACGGUGGCGGUGGUCCAUCUGGUGAGCCGACAAAUCUGGUAGCCUUGCAGCUUAAUUCGGACCACAGCACAUCUGUCGAAGAGGAAGUCGGAAGAAUCAGAGAUGAGCACCCCGACGACUCUUCUGCCAUUUGGAAUGAUCGCGUGAAGGGCUCGUUGAAGGUGACGAGAGCUUUCGGUGCCGGUUUCCUGAAGCAGCCCAAAUGGAACGACGGUCUUCUGGAGAUGUUCAGAAUCGAGUACGUGGGGAGUACACCGUACAUCACCUGCAACCCCUCCCUCCACCACCACAAGCUCGGCCCGAAGGAUGCAUUUUUGAUCCUAUCGUCCGACGGGCUUUACCAAUACUUCACCAACCAAGAAGCAGUCGCUCAAGUCCAAAUGUUCGUCGCAGCAACACCCGAAGGCGAUCCCGCUCAACACCUUGUCGAACAAGUCCUUUUCCGUGCAGCUAAGAAAGCCGGCAUGGACUUCCACGAGCUGCUUGAGAUUCCACAAGGUGAUCGUCGGCGGUAUCACGAUGAUAUCUGCGUCAUCAUCAUCUCCUUGGAGGGACGAAUAUGGAGAUCCUGUAUGUAAAUAGGAUUACACUGUAGAAAUUAAACAGCUAUAGAGAUUGAUUGAUUGAUUGAUUGAUUGAUUACAACAAGAACAACAUAAACAGGCUCUGAGGUGGUGGUGGUAUAAUACGGACUGCAGAGCUACAAAAGCUACUUGGCACCUAAAACCUUACUUCCCUCAUCUCCCUCCGCCACAUUGACGAAACCUUUCUUUUGUUGGUAUUAAUUGAAUUCUUGGCCA